AUGAAGGCAGAAAGUGCCGAGGCGGACGACACCGCUAUCCUCACGUGGCGGGAGACGGCGGCCUCCGUGCUCAAGGUGAACGUGCGCUGUCUCUUCCUGUUUGGCUCGUGGCCACUUGUCGAUUCGUGGCUGUACCACGCCUUCUUCGCCGUCGUCUUCGUCUCGAACCUGGGAAACAUGACGGAGGCGGCCCUGGGACUCUACCUCGGGCACGGCGGGCUCCAGGAGAUCACGCUGGUGCUGCCCAACACACUGACCGUGGCCAGCGGCGUCUUCAAGAUGAUUUUCUUCUACCGCGACCGCGGCCGAUACUACGGGCUUGUGAGGCGCACCGACCGGCUGACCACGCUGCAGUUGGCCGUCCCUGGAGAGGACGCGGCGGCCAUCGUCCGCGACGCCGCCAGACACUCGCUGAAGCUCUCCUCCUCCGUGUACGCCUUCGUCUCGCUGCAGAUCAUCGUCUGGUUCCCUAUGCCGCUGAUCGCUUAUCCCGGCCAACGCAAGCUGCCCUUCGUCCAGCUGCCCUGGAACAACAACACGGAGAUCCCCGUGUACGAGCUGUCCUACGCUCUGCAGUGUUUCUCGUCCUUCACCAUCAUCUUCAUCACGCUCGGCAUGGACUGCCUGUUCGCGGUGAUCAUGAUCCACGUGGCUGCUCAGUUCGAAAUACUGAUCACGCGUAUUCGGAAUCUGCGUCUUGACUUACCAACGAGUGCAAUCCAGCAAAAACCAAUUUUGUCUCAGCACAGCCGAAAUUCUAGGACGUCCAUGAAUACACCAACAGAGUCUAAGGAAAUCUUCCAACAUCAAAUAACAGAAGCUCACGAUAAAAUGUACAGAGACCUAUGUAACUGCGUCGAAGUUCAUCAAGAAAUUAUCAGAUUCGUCAGGCAUCUGGAGACCAUGAUGAGUCCUAUUGCAAUGACACAGUUCGUCUUCAGCGUCCUGGUCGCCUGUGUUGCACUGUAUCAAGCUACCUAUAGUGAGGCGGUGUCGGCAGCAGCGUACGCCUGCUCCUGGAUAGAAGGCAGCCCCCGCUUCAAGCGCACCCUUCGGAUCCUCAUGUGCCGCGCCCAGAAGCCGCUGGUGCUGACGGCAGGGCGCCUCUACCAGGUCCACAGGACCACCUUCCUCUCGUCUAAUACUGAAAACAAGUAUCAACUACUUAGCCAAGUAUUUGAGGACAAUGAAAGUGACAGUGGGUCUGAUUCCGAUAGAAGUGGUAAUGAUGAUAGUAGUGGUAAUGAUGAUAGCAGUGAUGAAUCCAGCAGUGAUGACGAUGAGGUAUUUGAAUUUAUAAUUGAUAAUGAUGACAAUGUGUUAAGUGAAGAUAGGAUAAAGGAGGACAAUGUUAGGCCUACUGAAGAGUUAGAGCUUGAGAGUGGUAAUGAGGAAGAGAACCAUGCUGUCAUUUGA